AGAGCUUACAUAACAACAACAGGCUUCUUGAGAGAAUGGAUUACUUUACUCCUGUCGACCAGCCCUGCAGUACUGGUGCUUCAGGUUUUCAGGGCUUUGCCUGUUAGGGAUCGGACUCCAACAGCCAUGGCCAAGUAUGUGGAGCUCUACACCAAAGCCAAGAUGCCCAUUCUGGGGCUGGGCACCUGGAAGUCUCCACCAGGACAAGUGAAAGAGGCUGUGAAAAAGGCCAUUGAUGUGGGAUAUCGCCAUUUUGACUGUGCCUAUGUGUACCACAAUGAAAAUGAAGUUGGCAGGGGAAUCCAAGAGAAAAUCAAGGAAGGGGUUGUGAAGCGUGAGGAUCUUUUUGUUGUCAGCAAGCUUUGGAGCACAUUCCAUGAGAAAGCCCUGGUGAAGGGUGCCUGUAAGGAAACUCUUGCAUCCCUGAAAUUGGAUUACCUAGACCUGUACAUAAUUCACUGGCCUAUAGGAUUCAAGGCUGGAGAUGAUCUGUUUCCUACCGAUGAAAAAGGUGUGAUCAUAACCAGUAAUACAAAUCUUCUAGAUACCUGGGAGGCAAUGGAAGAGCUGGUGGAUGCUGGGUUAGUAAAAGCUAUUGGAGUUUCCAAUUUCAACCAUGAACAAAUUGAGAAAAUCCUGAACAAGCCUGGGUUGAAAUACAAGCCUGCAAAUAACCAGAUUGAAUGCCACCCAUAUCUUUCUCAGGAAAAGUUGAUUAAUUACUGCCAGUCCAAAGGGAUCACUAUCACAGCAUACAGCCCCUUUGCAUCUCCCGACAGACCAUGGGCCAAGCCAGACGAUCCGUCUCUCCUGGAUGAUCCUAAGAUCAAAGAAAUUGCUGUUAAGCACAAUAAAACUGUAGCACAGGUCCUACUCCGAUUUCAAAUUCAAAGAAAUGUGGUUGUGAUUCCCAAAUCUGUCACUGCUUCACGAAUUGAGGAAAACUUCAAGGUGUUUGACUUUGAGUUGUCUAAACAAGAAAUGAAAACCAUCCUCAGUUUCAACAAGAACUGGAGAGCAUGUACAAUACAUGUGUGCACCAGUCUCAAGGAUUAUCCUUUCCAUGCUGAAUAUUAAAGUCUGGUUGUCCUGAAAGUCUUCAAACCACAGAGUCGACUGCUUCUGCUCUGGGCAUUAAAAAAAGCUGUCCUCUCCGUCUAACACCUUUGAACUUUUUCUAGCCUAGAUUCAGUAUGUUCUUAGUACCAAUCACUUUAAAAACAUCUAUAAUUCUCUGAUUUUUUAAAAAUCAUUUUUUCUCUUCUUCCAAUGGAAUUGUUUCUAAUAAAAUAUGUAGUUGCUGUAA